GGACUUGGCUAGUCAGUUUUCUGAGUUGCAGUGUGUUAUGAAAGUGCCUGCUGUUGUUUUGAUGGUUGUUGAUAAGUAGAUUAUUGUGCGUGUGGGAUGAAUCUGUGGAUUGAGGAGUAGAAAGCUACAGAAUCACAUGCAGGUACGGCUUUCCUUUCGUGAAAAUAACUUAAUAUUUCUUUGGAGAGUUUGGGCACACCUUUAUGGAGUUUGUCACCAACAGUGGAGAAUAUUGCCAGGCCCAACACAAGUAGACUAGCAACCAGGUCGAUCUCCUUGGUAAUCAGAAAUAUCUCCACGGUAACCAGAUAACUUUUGCUCAUUCAAUCAAGGACUUUGAAGACGAAGGAGAACGGGAUAUCUGAACACCACGCGUUUGCCCUACUCUGAAAGGAGAAGUGGAAACACGCCUUUUUAAGUGUGCUCUGCCAAGUUACGAAAAUUCUCGGCCCUCGCUGCUCACUGCUUGCUGGAGCAUCCAGCCUUAGCUUCCAUUCUCCCAACGCGUGGGAUUACGAAUGGGGUAAAAGAGGCGGUCGACUACCCCCAGUGCAAGCUCCGGUGCCAGUGCUGCUGUCUUGUGGCGACCUCUACUGGUAUAUUUACGGCGUAAGGUUUACGAGGGGAGACUAUACAGCCUUGUCUAGGAUUGGGUGAAUGUUUUAAAGAAAUUUUUUUGACGACGAAGAGAUUUCUUCACGGCCUUAACAAGGAUUGUCUUUGUGGUGUGCAGAAAGUGGAUUUGUUUGCUGAAGGCACAAAAAAUCACAUUUUUGUUGCCUUUAAUUGAAAAGAAUUGUGCUCAGCACUUAAUAACAAACUUCCUUGCCACACUGAGGACUGAUUCUGUCUGUUGAGUGGGAAAAAAUCGGAUUAUUACUGUUAUUGAUUCCAACAGGAACAAGAGGCUAACAUACACUAACAGUUAACUUGUUGGAGCUGCGAGGCGAAUCGACACUCUGACGUUGUAUUAUUCUAUUUUUAAUUUAUUUUUAGCCAAUUUGUAUCAUACACCUGUUCUAUUUGUCUUUUUGUUUGUUUGUUCACCGCGUUAUGACAGCUAAUAUGAAGGCCCGCAAGCCAGCCCCUGCUGUUAUUGAGUACAAAAACAUGAGGUUUCUGAUCACAGACCGCCCCACGGAUGUGACCAUGGAAAAGUAUAUCGAGGAAUUGAAGAAACAUAAUGCCAAGGAUGUGGUUCGUGUCUGUGAGCCCACAUACAAGACGGAGCAACUGUCGGAGGAGGGAAUUAGAGUAUUGGACUGGGCGUUUGAUGACGGCAAUCCCCCGCCACCCGAGGUGAUGAAUGACUGGUUCAACUUACUGAAGACCCGCUUUAAGGAGGACCCCGACUCGUGUGUGGCCGUGCACUGUGUGGCUGGACUGGGGAGAGCCCCUGUCCUGGUAGCACUAGCACUGAUAGAACUGGGGAUGAAGUAUGAAGAUGCUGUAGAGCUCAUAAGACAAAAACGCCGAGGUGCCAUCAACACCAAACAGUUGGCCUUUCUGGAGAAGUACCGCCCCAAAUCACGCCUGAAGAAUCGUUCAAAUGGACACAAGGCCUGCAGAAUCAUGUGACUCCAUCUCAGUAGUGAGGUCCCAUGGAACUGAUGCAUGACCAUCCUUGUGAAAGAAACCAAAUAUAUAUAUAAAUAUAGAUAUAUACAAACUACUAAAUAUGGUGCAGAGACUUUGUAUUACAUACCACUAGCAACUCGAUCCCAAGGAGAGUUUUAUACAUUGUCCUUCCUUGGGGUCUUGUCAUUUUAUAUUUAAGAAGAAAAAGAAAAAACAGCAUUUGAAAAAAAAAACAUUUUUCUAAAAAAAAAGUAUUUUUGAAAACACCAGAUGCUCUCAAAAGUCAGUGCUUUUGAGUUUAAAUUUUCAGCCCAUUGUUGAAAAAAUGCAAAAUUAGUUAGAUACAGAAGUAAAACUCUAGGUGUUGAAAUAGGUGUUUCUGUUCAAUAGCACACCUGGAACUAAGUGGACUUUGGUUGCUAACAGCCUAUUUGCUUUGUUACAGAAAUUACGAGUGGUUAAUAAGGCUGACACAUAAUGCAAGGCAUUUUUUCAUCGGUUCUUUGACACGGUUCAGGUGUUCUUUCUUUUUCAUCUGUUCCGUUAUAAGAGGCCAUUUGCCAUUGGCUGUUUCACCAAAUGCUACUUAGUUCUGGACCAAUAGCAGUAGUCGACUCUUUGAAUAUUAAGUGGUAAGGUUUCUUGUGUCCUUCUGAAUCUAUGAUAUACAUAUUGUGAGUAAUGUCACAUAGCAGUAUGGCUCUCUGUUAAAUACUUAAAUAUCACUUUGGUAACAGUUUGGGGUUUAUUUAUUUGUUUAGGUCUUUUCACAUUGAGUGUUGUGUCUUAGCAAUACAACUGUGCUGGUUUUGAGAGACGGACAACUUUCAAGCCUGGCUGCUGCAUACGUGACAGAGUAACUAAGAUGGAGGACUUUCAAUUGAAUAACU